AUAGUCUUUUUAUUAUUUUAUUUUGAAGGGUGGCAGUUUCCCUGGUCAGCUGACCACAGUGGGCAUGCAGCAGCUGUAUGAGCUGGGCCAGAGGUUGAGGAAUAGAUAUAUAGAGGAGACCCCUUUCCUCAGCUCCACCUUUACCUCAGCAGAGGUCUACGUGCGCUCCACUAACAUUGUAAGGACUAUAGAGUCUGCCAAGUGCCUGAUAGCUGGACUCUUCCAGCAAAAGCAAAAAGAUAUUGUGUCCAUCCUGACAACAGAGGCAGAAUCUGAAAUUCUCUACCCUAACUAUCACGGAUGCAAGCUGCUGAAAGUCCUCAGUGGCCCCCGCUGGGCUGAGUUGUCCACUCUGCCUGGCAUUGCUUCAGACCUGCAGAGCAUCCUGAGUGCACUGGGGAUCGCUGCUCACCAGCACGUCGACUUCAUCCUCAUUAGGGAUGACAUGGUUGCCAGAGAGACACAUGGCCUUCCCAUCCCGCCGGUACUGAACUCCUGGAGGAAUACGGUGGAGGACAGAGCUGUGGACAUGAUGUGCCGGCUUUACGAACCCAGCAAGAGUGAGAAGCUCCAGCUGUCGGUGGGAUCUCUCCUCCACCUGCUGUUAGACAACAUUGAGAAGAAGCUACAGGACAGCUCAGCAGAGGCCAACAGGAAGUUGUUCCUUUACUCAGCCCAUGACACCACUCUGAUUCCCUGCCUCAUGGCUUUGGAAAUCUACGACAUGAAAUGGCCACCAUAUGCUGCUGAUAUCACUCUGGAGCUGCACCAACACCGGCAGACCGGAGACGCAUUUGUAAAGGUGUCCUACAUAGGCCAGGAUCAACUCAUACCAGGUUGCAGUGGAGUCUACUGCCCCCUGCAGGAGUUCAAACAGCUCCUCUCCGCAUACACAUUAAACCCUGAAGUCUACGUUACUCGCUGCAACAGCACAGGAGGACCCACUGAACCCUGAACUUUCAAGAAACACAAAACCCGUCUUGACAUUAUGCUCAGCUCUCCUUCCAUCCAGUCACCAUGAAGUCUUGAACACAUCAGUUAAAUGAGUUGCUCGUCUUUCUUUACAUUUAAAUCUUGUUUAAAUUAUUUUUAUAAACAGAUUUUUCCUCAGUUGUUUUAUUUACACCAAGGUGCUCUCUUACUUCAAACUAGCAGAAAAGUUGUUUUCUUUUUUUUUUUUCACUCAAUCGAUUUGUAUCCGCUUUUACCCCCGACUGAUUUCUAGUGAACUCAUCUAGGCGAGCGCAUCAUCAGUAUUACGUUUGCACUGCUUAACAAAAGGUAUAUUUCACUAGUUUGGUGAUGUUGCUGUUGAAUUGAAUGUACUUAAUGAUUAUUUUGGAUUGAGUUUCACAUAUCAAUACAUUAAAUAAGCCUUUAUGUUGUUCCAAAGAAAGUAAAAAAAAACAAUGCACUGGACUUUGUUUCCAAGUUUGAAGACAUUUCACUUCCCAUCCAGGAAGCUUAUUCAAUUCAAAAUGUCUGCCUGCCUUUCUUCAGGUGAUUUGUAGAGUUUAAAACAUUAUGAAAGUGUAUGAUUAAAUUAUUUAAAAGUAUCUACUAUCCUGGGUGUGUUAAAGUUAUGGGGACAAGCUGUUUUGGCGUUUAUA